CCUGAAUAUGAUCACCUUUCUGUGUCUCGUGUUGUGUGUUACCCGAGUGCUGUCUUCGUCCACGCAGCUGGCUGCUGUCUUCCCCCAGGACCCUGCCCUGCGCAUUGGCUCCAGCCUGACAGCGACCUGCGUGGUGAGCGCCGAGCUUGGUUUGCACACCAGCACCCUCUACUGGACGCUGAACGGGAAGCGCCUGCCGAGCGGCUCCUACAGCGUGCUGAGCCCCACUGCGCUGAGUGUCACUUUGCCGCGUCUCAACGGCUCACGGCAGCAGUCCGGGGACAACUUGGUGUGCCACAGUAGCGGGGGGCACGUGCUGGCAGGGUCCUGUCUCUACGUGGGCAUGCCCCCUGAGAAGCCAGUGAACCUCACCUGUUGGUCGCGGAACACAAAAGAUCUCACCUGCAAGUGGGCUCCUGGAGGACAGGGAGAGACCUACAUCAGAACCAAAUACACCCUCAAGUACAAGCUGAGGUGGUAUGGGCGAGAAAAGGAAUGUGAAGAUUACAACACCGGGCAGCCCUACACCUGCUACAUCCCCCGUGAUCUGGCUCUCUUCACCCCUUACGAGAUCUGGGUGGAGGCGACCAAUCAGCUGGGAGCCGCCACCUCUGACGUCAUCAUCCUAGACAUCCUUGAUGUGGUGACCACAGAUCCCCCCGCCAACGUCCACGUGAGCCGUGUCGGGGAGCUGGAGGACCAGCUGAGCGUGCGCUGGGGCACCCCCCCGGCCCUCAAAGACUUCCUCUUCCAGGCCAAAUACCAGAUCCGCUACCGGCUGGAGGACAGCACCGACUGGAAGGUUAUGAAGGAUGUUGGCAAUCAGACGUCCUGCAGGCUGGCUGGUCUGAGGUCAGGGACAGUUUACUUUGUCCAGGUGCGCUGUAACCCCGUGGGAAUCUACGGCUCCAGGAAUGCUGGGAUAUGGAGUGACUGGAGCAGCCCCACUGCGGCCUCGACCCCCCACAGUGAGCGCCUGCAGAGCGGGUCAUGUGAUCCCAAGUCGGGGGAGCAGAACUCCACCCUGCGCCGCGAACUCAAGCAGUUUUUUGGCUGGGUCCGCAAGCACGCCUUCGGCUGCAACAGCAUGAGUAUCAAGCUCUAUGACCAGUGGCGCGUCUGGCUGCAGAAGUCCCACAAAACGCGCAACCAGGUCGGUAAGGAGCAUUUUUCCUGCUUUUGGAACGCUGAAUAG